AUGUUUUGUCAUGACUUCUUCGUAUAUGCUUUGUCAAGACUUCUUCGUAUAUGCUUUGUCAAGACUUAUGAAGGAGGCGUUGAAGAUGUUAUACCAUCUAAGAACUUGAGAGAGUCAAAGUCAACACAUCUGGGACCAUUAGAGCGGGAGUACUGGAAAAACAAAAAUAAGCCAGAAAGAAUAAGAAAAUUCUUCUAA